UACGUGUAUAGAUCACUACAUAUAUAUAUCUUCAUUUGUACUUUUUUACUAACGUCACUACAUAUACAGUAUACUGUAUAUCUUCAUUUGUACUUAUUUACUACUUUUUACUUAAUACGUGUCACUACAUAUAUAUAUCUUCAUUUGUACUUUUUUACUACUUUUUUACUUAAUACGUGUAUAGGUCACUACAUAUAUAUAUAUAUCUUCAUUUGUACUUUUUUACUAUAG